AUGUCAAGAGCAUUCACUAUCCGAACCAUCGGCCUUGGUUCUACAUACGAUAUCAUCAUCCUCAAACAAAAGUUCAGAGGCUGGUUUAGAAGCAUGAAGGUGAAAUACUUUCACAAACAUGGCGGCCCGCGAGAGCCGAGCAAAGAGACGGAUCUUUACUUCGAUUGGAGACGGAUGCGUGAGCCAGACAAUCAGACUUCAGGGAAUGCGCAUCCGGGUGAUGAACGAAUUAUACGACAAGCCAGCGGCCUGGCAAUGAAGAUGCGGAUGAAUCCAGAGGAUUUCGGCAGUCGAGGAGUCAAGACGCCGAGCGUGCAACCUACUGGCCAAUAUCUGGUGGUCAUAUGCCGAAUAUCAGGAUGGUCAUCAGCAAGAAAGUUCACUGCCGGAGGAUUGACAGUCGCUCGAUCCCAAGCCAAGGUGAUUGCAGACCUGGUGGCAGGUGGUCUCACCAUGGGAGACCGCCUGGCCGCCAACUGUCCAACCCCGAAGAAUUUCCUGCAGAUCAAGGCCACGGCGCACCACCGUUUGGGAGGAGACUUUACAAACUUCCAAAAGGCUGGAAAUGAUGCACCAGCGAUGGUGAAAGAUAUCAGGGCAAUAUUCAACAGCUUUCCCGAAGGGGCGGCCGUCACAGCCUUAAUUCGAUCGAUAGAUGGGAUCAGUAUCGAUGCCACUUUGCAGUUGAUCUGCUGA